AUGGUAAUCACCGGACACGACGACGGUACAGGUUCAUCGGAGUACGAUUACAUUAGGAGACACCAUAAGCAUGAGGUUAGAGACAAUCAGUGCACUUCGUCUCUCGUUAAACACAUCAAAGCGCCUGUUCACCUUGUAUGGUCUUUGGUUCGGAGGUUUGACCAACCACAAAAGUACAAACCGUUUGUUAGUGGAUGCAAUGUGCAAGGUGAGCUUGAAAUUGGAAGUGUGAGAGAAGUGAAUGUCCGAUCUGGACUUCCUGCAACCACAAGUAUGGAAAGGUUGGAGCUUCUGAAUGAAGAAGAGCAUAUCUUGGGGAUGAGAAUAGUUGGUGGUGAUCAUAGGCUUCGGAACUACUCGUCAAUCAUUACACUUCAUCCGGAGAUUAUAGAGGGGAGGCCAGGGACAUUGGUGAUUGAGUCAUUUGUGGUUGACGUGCCAGAUGGCAACACCAAGGAUGAGACAUGUUACUUUGUGGAGGCUUUGAUCAAAUGCAACCUUAAGUCAUUGGCUGAUGUGUCAGAACGAUUGGCUGUGCAAGACCGAACAGAGUCCAUAGUUGGAGCAUGA